ACGCGUCCCCCCGGAUCGAAACGCACGCCAACCUGUCAUCCAUCCACGCGACGCGCGGAUACAAUAUGGCGAGGGGGCCUCACCGACCACCCGCUCGCGAGCUGCCCCCCAUUACUGCUGCUGCUCUGCUCCCACCACGACGCCGCCACCACCACGGGAGGGGACGGGGAGGGCUGCAAGAAUCCAAGAGGCGCCAUGGCCUCGUCGCCGGCGAUGCGGGCCGGGGCUGCGGCGGUGGCGGUGGUGAUGCUGGUGUCUGUUUGUGGCGCGGCGGGGGCCCUGCCGAGGUUUGCGGAGGCGCCGGAGUAUAGGAACGGGGAGGGGUGCCCCGCGGCGGCGGCGGCGGGGGUGUGUGACCCCGGGCUGGUGCAUAUCUCGAUGACGCUGGACGCGCACUACCUGCGGGGGUCCAUGGCGGCGGUGUACUCGCUGCUCAAGCACGCGUCCUGCCCGGAGUCGCUGUUCUUCCAUUUCUUGGCCGCCGCGGAGGAGGGAGGGGAGGGGGAGCUCAGGCGGGCCGUGGCGGCGUCGUUCCCGUCGCUGCGGUUCGAGAUCUACGUGUUCCGGGCGGAGGCCGUGGCGGGGCUCAUCUCGGCGUCCGUGCGCGCCGCGCUGGAGUCGCCGCUCAACUACGCGCGGAACCACCUCGCCGACCUGCUCCCACGCUGCGUGCCGCGGGCGAUAUACCUCGACUCCGACGUGCUCGCCGUCGACGACGUGCGGCGGCUGUGGGAGACGCGGCUCCCCGCCGCCGCCGUCGUCGCGGCGCCGGAGUACUGCCACGCCAACUUCUCCCGCUACUUCACCCCGGCCUUCUGGUCCGACCCCGACCUCGGCCCGCGCGUCUUCGCCGGCCGCCGCCGGCCGCCCUGCUACUUCAACACCGGCGUCAUGGUCAUCGAUCUCCGCCGCUGGCGCGCCGGCAACUACCGCCAGCGCAUCGAGCGGUGGAUGGAGAUCCAGAAGGAGAAGCGCAUCUACGAGCUGGGGUCCCUGCCCCCGUUCUUGCUGGUCUUCGCCGGCGAGGUGGAGGCCGUCGACCACCGCUGGAACCAGCACGGCCUCGGCGGCGACAACGUGCACGGCAGCUGCCGCCCGCUCCACGACGGGCCCGUCAGCCUGAUGCACUGGUCAGGCAAGGGCAAGCCAUGGGACCGACUCGACGCCGGCAAGCCAUGCCCGCUCGACCACACAUGGAAGUCCUACGACCUCUACAUCUCCGGGGACGAUGGCGCCGCCGCCUCGCCGGUGUCCGGACCGGCAUUGUCGUCGACGUGGCCCGCAUCAGUGUUCUCAUGGUAGAAAUGGGGCUCUUGGCUGUAGUGGCACACUACUGGACACAAUAAUUCUUUUGUUGGUUGCGAGGUUCUUGGCAAUGGCAGUGCAUUCCAUGGCAUUGCAAUGCUGCUGUUGCCGCCAUGAGCUAGCCACUGCUCGCCAUCGGCUGUACAGGGCGGUGAAGGGAGGGGGCGGCGGCGAUUGCUGCGCGAGGAUGGCUGGAUGGGGGAGAAUGGAUAGAGAAAAGAUGGUCUUGUUCUUUUCGGUAGAAUUCAGAUUAGUUUUUUGGGGGAUUUUGAUUCUUUUGGGUGGUGAUUCUUGGGGUUCCCAAUUCGCUCGAUUGGUGGUGUACAAUUCUUUGGUAGGAAAGACUUGAAUUUUUUGUUCAAUUAUUGGAUUAUUCUUUCAUUCCUAUGUGAUUUGUUCAUGGUCUCAAUUGGUAUGAUCUGAAUCUGAAUUGGAUUGAACUGGAGCAGAACUGUCUUGCUCUGUCUGAUAUGAAAUGCCAAAUUCUGAACUGAUGAUCUUCCAAUCCUGAAAUGCGCCAAAGUUAAAUCCAAGCAUGCUGACCAUGUGAAAGACCAAAGAG